AUUGUGUUUUUUCAUUCGCUAUCUAGUGCCACGGUUUUCCGUUCGCUGCUCCGUCGUGGUCGAAGGUGUGUGAAAAUCUCUGAAAGGAGACAAUCUGUGUAGUAGCUUUUCCGUGGCAAAAAAAAACUCUGAACGAUAACAAGUGUAUUUUCUUUGCAUUAUUAUUUAUUCAAAAUUCCAUGAAAACCUGGAGGGCAGAUCUUAUCGCACGAGGAAAAGAAGAGCAAAUGCUUAUUUUAUGAAACAAACUUUGUGAAAGCUGCCUUCAGCCAGUUAUUAAAGUAUCAAGUGGAUGCAAAACAUAACCUUCCGGACUAAUGAAAAUUUAUGUCGGAUGAAACUUGGCAUUUCCGGAGAAGCAAAAACAGCAGCUUUUUAGCAAACCCCAAAAAAGAAGAAAAAACUUCACAUCCUGAAAAGCAAGUAUCGUCGCGUGCGAGUUCAUGAAAGCUGGAGUCUUCUAAAAAAAAAAACAAACAAGGAAAAUCGUGAAGAGUAAUCGUAAAUUUUUCGCAGCAUCGCAAUAACAACAUCAUUUUGUGUCCACAUAAUAAAACAGUGCUUUUCGCCGUAUGUGAGUGCAUGUGUGCGUGUCCAAGCCGUCAUCAGUUGCUUUUCCAGCGCGAAGAAAGUAAAUAAAAGUGAAAAUAAACAGAAAAUAUUUCAUCCGGACGCGACGCGCAAACAGUGCAGUGCUUCCACCACCGGAAAAUUAAAAAAAGUAUUGGGAGUUGCAAGCAAAAACGACGACAAAUCUUUGAACUGCUCCGCAGUAACGACGAGUGAACGACCUGAAAAAGUUGCGGAUUACUUGUCCUUUUGGAUUGAAACAGAUGUUUGCAAAUAGGCUUCCAUCGCCAGGAGUUUGAACCCAAAGGCAGCAAGGUUAGGCCAAAGUCAACCAGCGAAAACGAUUACAUCCGGAGCAUUUUGAAAGGCCUUGGAAAAUGGAUCAGGGCACAGUCAACGACGAUGAGGCACCCAUAGAUCCCCGGCUUAAGAAUCGAACAUUCCCAGUAGAUCAAGAUUAUGAAGGUCACCGCGCGCACACCGUCUUCGUUGGCGUCCACAUCCCGGGGUCGUCGCGGCGGCACUCGCAGCGCCGCCGCCACAAACAGCACGCGUCGUCACAGUCCCAGGGCGCCGGCAGUGGCCGCGAAAAUGGCGACAAAAACUCCGGCGGCAGCGACGCCGAACGACCAGCCUCCCUUCCCAAGCCUCACGUUGUCACGCAGCGAAGAUUCAGCGUCGGCGUUGAUGACGGCGAGUUUUUUACACCACCCGCACAAAGAGUCCAGUUCAUCCUGGGGGGCGAAGUGGACGACAGCCAGCACGAGUCGCACCCACUGUUCUCCGAGAUGGAGGAGCUGGUCAAGGAGGGCGACGAGAUGGCCUGGAAGGAGACCGCCCGGUGGAUCAAGUUCGAGGAGGACGUCGAGGAGGGCGGCAAUCGGUGGUCCAAGCCGCACGUGGCCACCCUGUCGUUGCACUCGCUGUUUGAACUGCGAUCGCUGCUGCUGAACGGGACCGUAAUGCUGGACAUGGAAGCGUCCGGGUUGGAGCAGAUCGCCGAGCUGGUGUGCGAGAACAUGGUCAAUGCUGGCACGUUGCCCAUCGAGGCCCGCGACAAGGUCAUCGAGGCGCUGCUCAAACGGCACAAACACCAGCACGAGUUUGCCGCCGGCGGGAGUAAAAAGUCCCGCCUGCCGUUGAUCCGAUCGUUGGCUGACAUUGGCAAGAACCAUUCGAGCUCGAAAAAUGACAUCUCGCCAACUCCAUCGCAUGGUGGUGCAACUGCCACUGCAUCUGCCUCCGGUGGUGGUGGGGGUGGUGGUCCAUCAUCCAGCCUUGGAGUGACCACAUGGUUCCAUGCUGGCGCUUCAGCAUCCGGCGGUGCAUCGUCGUCGACGACGACGGCGACAGCCACAACGGUUUUCCCAUUAUCAUCAAGAGUUGAGGAACAACAGCAACAGCUACACCAGCAACAACAACACCUUCCGAAUCAACAAUCGUCCAACAACGAUGGGAAGCAUUUGGCUGUGCCUGGAAAAGCUUCCGGGGAGAAUCUGAUCCAAAGUCCGAGCAACGUGUCGAUGGCGCGGAACACCAGCUCCGGUGAGCUGCAGAACGGCGAACACAAGACCAACACGCACUUUAUGCGCAAGAUUCCGGCCGGCGCCGAGGCCAGCAACAUCCUCGUCGGGGAGGUGGACUUUCUGGAUAAGACGUUGGCCGCGUUCCUGCGGCUCAGCAGUGCCGCCGUGAUGGGCGAUCUGACGGAGGUUCCCGUGCCGACCAGAUUCAUCUUCGUCCUGCUCGGUCCACCCGGCAGUCACACCAGCUUCCACGAGAUCGGCCGCGCCAUGGCCACCCUCAUGUCGGACGAGAUCUUCCACGAGGUGGCGUACCGCGCCAAAAAGCGCGAACAUCUCCUGGCCGGAGUGGACGAAUUUUUGGACGCCGUAACGGUGCUUCCGCCGGGCGAGUGGGACCCGUCCAUCCGGAUAGAACCUCCGGCGGCGAUACCGUCCCAGGAGGUGCGCAAGCGACCCCCGGAGAAGAACCCAAAGGAGGAGAUCGACGAGGAGGAGGAGGAACAGCGCCAGCGCGAACAGAGCGGACUGUCGCGGAGUGGGCGGCUGUUUGGCGGGUUGGUCAACGAUCUGAAGCGCAAGAAGCCGUGGUACUGGUCGGACUUUAAGGACGGACUGAGCAUGAAGUGUAUUGCGUCUUGGAUUUUCCUGUACUUUGCCUGCCUGUCGCCGAUCAUCACGUUCGGGGGGUUGCUGGGUUCGGCCACCGGGAACAAUAUCGCCGCCAUGGAGUCGCUGGUGUCCGGAUUUGUGUGCGGCAUGGGGUACGGGUUCUUUUCCGGGCAACCGCUGACGAUUCUAGGGAGUACGGGCCCCGUGCUGGUGUUCGAGACGAUCGUGUACGAUUUCUGUACGCGAGUUGGCUGGGACUACCUGACUUUUAGAUUCUGGAUCGGGACGUGGAUAGCCAUCAUUCUGCUGAUCCUGGUGGCCGUUGAUGCGAGUGCCCUCGUGUGCUACAUUACGAGGUUCACCGAGGAGAACUUUGCCUGUCUGAUCGGGGUCAUCUUCAUCUACAAAGCGAUCGAGAACGUGAUCCUCAUCGGGGCGGACUUCCCCAUGAACACGUCGGGUGGCAAGCCGGACUGUUCGUGUAUACCGCCGGCCGGGGAUCCGCUGUCUCCGGAGGCGAUCCACGAUUGGGCACAGUACGACCGGAAGUCUUGUGUGCUUCUCAACGGAACGCUCGCCGGUAUGGACUGCGACAAGCCCGAGUACGUCUCGGACGUCUUCCUGAUGUCGUUCGUGCUGUUCGUGGGUACGUACAUCAUCUCGGUUAUUCUGAAGGACUUUAAGAACGCCCUGUUCUUCACCACGACCGUGCGCCAAUUCGUGAGCGAUUUCGCCGUCAUCAUUGCGAUCUUCUCGAUGACCCUGCUGGACUUUUUCUCCCGCGUGCCAACGCCCAAGCUGCAGGUUCCCAGUGAGUUCAAGCGGACCAUCCCGGAGCGCGGCUGGAUCAUUGAACCAUUCCACGAGAGCAACCCGGUGUGGUCGUCGGUGCUCGCCAUACUGCCCGCCCUGCUCGGUACCAUUCUGAUCUUUAUGGAUCAGCAAAUUACGGCUGUGAUUAUUAAUAGAAAGGAGCAUAAGCUAAACAAGGGCUGCGGCUACCAUCUGGAUCUGUUCGUGCUGGCAAUCCUGAUCCAAAUCUGCACGAUGAUGGGACUACCAUGGUUCGUCGCGGCUACCGUACUCAGUAUUAACCAUGUCAAUUCGCUGAAGCUGGAGUCGGAAACGGCCGCUCCCGGCGAGAAGCCCCAGUUCUUUGGCGUGCUCGAGCAACGCGUUACCCACAUCUUGAUCUUCCUGACGAUCGGCUGCUCGGUGCUGCUGACGCCACUCCUCUCGCACAUUCCAAUGCCAGUAUUAUACGGCGUCUUUCUGUACAUGGGUGCAGCGUCCCUCAAGGGACUGCAGUUCUACGACCGGCUGUUGAUCAUGUUCAUGCCCGCCAAGUACCAACCCGACUACAUGUUCUUGCGACAGGUACCCAUCAAGCGGGUCCACAUGUUCACCCUCAUUCAGCUGGGCUGCUUCAUCAUGCUGUGGGUGAUCAAGUCCUUCUCAAGCACAUCGAUCCUGUUCCCCCUGAUGCUGGUCGUCAUGAUCGGCAUCCGCAAGUCGCUCGAUCUGUUGUUCACCCGGCGCGAGCUGAAAAUCCUGGACGACGUCAUGCCCGAGAUGACAAAGCGGGCCCACGCCGACGACCUGCGGCAGCUCGACGAUGGCGAGGAUUCGGGCCGACAUUCGGCCGACAAUCUGCAGCUGCCGCUGGAAAAUGGAGCGCUCGUGGUCGGGGGUAAAAACGGCAAAAUCAACAUAUCGGAAGAGGUCAACCGCACGACCAUCUGGAAGCAGGUCAACAGCAACUGCAACAUCCUGUUCACCAAAAAGCAGACCAACGUCCCACCGCCAGUACCAACCGGAAACCUCAGUAGAACCAGCCCCAACAAUCAAAACAACACCAAUCAGCAAACGCAACAACAAUCACUGUCCACGAUGCGGGAGGAGGAAGAGGCGAACCCGCCGGACCUGGAUCCGGCCAACAAGCGUCAAUUAAGCAGCCACCAGAAACGAACACAGAAGCUAAAGCGCGAGUUCUGGAUGAGUCUGGAUUCGCCGAACGAGGCGGCAGAACGAGGAACCGCCAGCAGACGACGUCGGGCUUCCGAGACGCAGGUGUAACAAAAAAACGUUCAAGUUUGGUGUUUUUGUUGAGGGACGACGCAGUUGUUGAACAGCUCAAAAUGUUUCGAAAGGUUUGUAAGAGGCGAGCGAAAAUGUGAACUGGAAAGAGCGCGUAUUUUUAGGAAUCAAAUAUAUUGUACUAGUGACUCUCACUCUUAUACCACAAGCUAAAGAAAUGUAACUUUUUUUCGUUUCUAGAGAAUGAAGAACACAAGCAAAUCUCAAUUAUUGAAUUUUUCGAUAAACUGAUGAAUCAAACAGAUAAAACUCCCAAUUGUAAAGUUUGAGCCUGAUAUUAUGGAAUAAACAAUACAAAAAUG